AUGGCUCUAGUCUCUGGCCCCGGACGGGCUGCUGGGCGUCAAUCGGACCUGCAGCUCUAUGCUGACAAGCAUGUGGUCUAUGUAAAGAAUCUUGACACUAGGAGAGACGAGCUGGAAUAUUGGCUCACGGAGCAUCUACGACUCAAUGGCGUCUACUGGGGCUUGACAGCUCUGCAUCUCCUCGACCACCCCGAAGCUCUGCCUCGUGAGGAAACGAUUAAUUUUGUCCUCUCGUGUUUGCGGGACAAUGGUGGCUUCGGUGCUGCCCCCGGCCAUGAUGCGCACAUGCUCUACACGGUUUCGGCCGUUCAGGUCCUCGUCAUGCUCGAUGCUGUGGACGAAUUGGACGAGCGCGGGCUUGGGGGCAAGCAAAAAGUUGCUUCUUUCAUUGCAGGAUUACAGGACAAGGAAACCGGAUGCUUCAUGGGAGACGAAUGGGGUGAGCUGGACACGCGUUUCUUGUACGGUGCCUUCAACGCCCUGUCUCUCUUAGGACUCCUUCACAUGGUCGAUGUUCCCAAGGCGGUUGCCUAUGUCCAUGGGUGUCAAAACUUCGAUGGAGCAUACGGUAUCCGCCCUGGAGCCGAGUCGCAUGCGGGCCAGGUAUUUACCUGCGUAGGGGCUCUGGCGAUCGCAGGAGAAUUGGACGCCAUUGACGUAGACCGUUUGGCCGGUUGGCUCAGUGAAAGACAGCUGGAGAACGGCGGGCUCAAUGGACGUCCGGAGAAACUUGAAGACUCCUGUUACAGCUGGUGGGUUAUGUCCAGCUUGGCCAUGAUUGGUCGACUACAUUGGGUCGAUGGAAGCAAGCUCGCUGCAUUCAUCCUACGGUGUCAGGACCCGGAGGCCGGAGGAUUUGCUGAUCGACCUGGUGAUAUGGUUGACGUCUUCCAUACAUGCUUCGGAGUUGCGGGCUUGAGUUUACUGAGGUUCGAGGGAACCAAGGAAGUAGAUCCAGUCUAUUGCAUGCCUAAAGCAGUAACAUCGAAAUGCUUGGCAAAGUAG